AUGCUGCUGGGCCAGGCGCUGCUGCUGCUCAGCCGCUCAGCAGCAGCAGCGCCUCCUGCUUCGGUAUUUGCUGCGGCGGCAACUGCUGCUGCAGGGGCGAAGCAGCAGCAGAAGCAGCAGCAGCAGAAGCACCAGGGGCUACAGCGGCAGCAGCAGCAGCUGCGGGCGUUCUCCAGCAGCACGAGACACGGCGACAUUCUCAGCAGCAGCAGCAGCAGCAGCAACAGCAGCAGCAGCAGCAAGUAUUGUGGCUGUAAGCCCCACGCUGCUGCAGCAAUGGCCACUAGGGUUGCCCGCAGGGGCCUUUUAAGCUUCUCUUUAGAAGACGAGGAGCAGGAGGAGUCUUCUCCGCAGCAGCAGCAGCAGCAGCAGCAGCAGCAGCAGCAGCGCCGCCGCCACCGGGACGAGGACAGUCACGGCCACAGCAGCAGCAGCAGCAGCAGACACAAGACGCGCACCCUGCAGAGCGCCUCCCGCAGCAGCCGCAGCAGCAGCAGCAGCAGCAGCAGCAGCAGCUCGACCAACAGCAAUGACGGCGACAGUGCCACGCCUACCAGCCCUCUCGACAGCAGCUCCAGCAGCAGCAGCAGCAGCAGCAGCAGCAGCAGCAGGAGCGCGGGCCUGCUGAAGAUGGGGGACAUGACAGCAGCAAGAUUUAAACAAGAGGAAACAGCAGCAGCAGCAAGAAGGAAGGAAGAGGCAAUGCUUGCUGCGCUGCAGACCCUCAGCAGCAGAUCUCUCACUCCCAAUAUUGGCCACAACGGCAGCACUCUGUCGGAGUUCUGCAAGGCGAACUUCCCCCGCGUGUUGGCGAACAAUUUGGCUGUGCACAGCAGCAGCAGCAGCAGCAGCAGCAGCAGCAGCAGCAGCAGCAGCAAGAAGCACGGCGGUGGGCGGAAGCAUCGGGGGCGCCGCCGCAGAAGCAGCAGCAGCAGCAGCAGCGAGAGCGACAGCGCGGAUGAAUCGCUGUCGGCAGCAGCAGCGGCGUCGCCAGCAGCAGCAGCAGCAGCAGCAGCAGCAGCAGCAGCAAAAGUGGAAAAAGCCCUCACAGAUUCUUUUCUUGAAAUCGACAGCGACUACCUGCAGAGACACCCCGACGCACGAGACGGCAGCACCGCGCUGCUGCUGCUGCUGCGGUGGGCCCCCCCCCCGAAGCGGCGACGGAAGCUGCAGCAGCAAGCUGCAGCGCCCAGCAGCAGCAGCAGCAGCAGCAGCAGCAGCAGCAGCAGCAGCAGCAGCGGCGGCGGCAACGACAGCCUCAGGAGCCCCGGUGAAGCUAUGACGUACAGCGAAUACAGAAGGCAGCUGAAGUCACUUCAGAAGCAGCAAAACCAGAAGCAGCAGCAGCAGAAACAGCAGCAGCAGAAACAGCAGCAGCAGCAGCAGCAGCAGGUGGAUGCCGCUGCAGCAGCAGCCGAAGCAGCAGAAGCAGCAGCAGAGCACGGGACUGCUGAGCUGUUUGCUGCGCACGUUGGAGACAGCCGAGCGCUUCUUGUGUUCAGCCCAGGCAGCAGCAGCAGCAACGGCAGCAGCGACAGCAGCAGCAGCAGCAGCAGCGACAGCAGCAGCAGCAGCAGCAGCAGCAGCGGGGGCUUUUUGCAGCUCACGGAGGACCACAAGCCAAACCGCCCGUCUGAGCUGGAGCGCAUUCAAAAGUGUGGGGGCUUUGUGAUGGUCUUGGGUUGCCACAGGGUAAGCAUUGGGAACACGGGCUUGUUUCUCGCAAUGUCAAGAUGCAUUGGGGACUUCGCGUUAAAAAGGGUUUCGAAGCAGCUGGUCCCAGCAGAGGCAGAAGUGACUCACAGGUCAGUUAGGGUUUAG